ACAUACAUAAGCGUGUAUAUAUACACACACUCUCUUCUCUCUCUACUGUUUUCAUUUGUUUUCAUAUGUACAAGAAAACAAAACAGAGUGAGAGAGAGGGAGAUAUCAGAAGGGGUUUUGUAUUUGAUCUCGAUGAAGAUGAAAGUUGAGUAAUUUGUCUUCAUUUGUUAGUUUUUUUGAACUUGAUUCUAUACAUAUCACACAUCUGUAUCUAUCAUUGACACAUGUUGUAAUGCACUUGCCACGAUUUAUAUCUAUCUUUCUAUUAAACCCAACUUCAUAUUUUUUAUUUUCUUGAUAUAAAGUUUUAAUCUUUAUGAGUUUUAUGAUCAUGGGUAUGUUUGAUUUGAGGUUGUUAGAGCUAAUUGCAAGUGGGUUUAAUUUCACAUUGGUUGUACUAUCUGUUUUGAUUGUUUUUGGGAAGAAGAUUCGGGUUUAUGUUGAUCGAAAUCGAGUUUUUCGAAAAGAAGAUGUUGAUGAUAUUGGGGGUACUCAUAGGGUUUCUUUGAUCAGAGAAAAUGGAAGUGGUGGUGGACUUGAAGCUGAGUUUCUCGAUGUCGAAAUUGGUAAACUUUAUAAAGCAUCAGUUUAUUGUUGCUUUUAUGUUUUGCUUAUACAAACUGUGGUUUUAUGUUAUGAUAGUGUUUGUUUGAUUACAAAUUCUGCACAAGGGGAUGAAAAAGGUUUUGUAGUAAGUUUAGAAUCUUUGUUGUUCCCUGCAUCACAGUUUUUCGCCUGGUUCGUUUUGAGUUUUUCGACACUUAGUUGUAAGGCUAAAACCCUAGAAAGAUAUCCAUUUGUUAUGAGGGUAUGGUGGAUUGUAUCUUUUAUGAUCAGUUUAUGUAUCCUUUAUGUUAAUGGGAAGGAAAUCACGAUCCAAGGGUUAGAAUCGUUGAAAAGUUCACAUCUCAUAGCGAAUCUUGCAGUAACCCCGGUUUUAGGAUUCUUAGGGUUUGUUGGUUUGAGGGGUAUUACUGGCAUCUAUGUAGUUAGGGGUUCUGAUCUACAAGACCCCUUGUUGGUUGAUGAAGAUGAAGAAGAUGCAGGGUGUUUGAAAGUGACACCGUACAGUGAUGCUGGUCUUUUUAGUUUAGCUACACUAUCGUGGUUAAACUCGAUUCUUGCAAUAGGUGUAAAAAGACCACUCGAGCUUAGAGACAUCCCACUUCUUGCACCCGAAGAUCGUUCUAAGUUUAACUACAAGAUUUUAAAUUCAAAUUGGGAGCGACUAAAAGCUGAAAAUCGACCUUCUUUAGCUUGGGCUCUUUUAAGGUCGUUUUGGAAAGAGGCUGCCAAAAAUGCGGUCUUUGCUAGUUCGUACACACUUGUAUCAUAUGUUGGCCCGUAUAUGAUAACCGAUUUUGUUGAUUACUUGGGCGGAAUUGAGCAUUACCCUCACGAAGGAUACAUUCUCGCUGGUGUGUUUUUUGUGGCCAAGUUAACAGAAACUUUAACUACCCGCCAGUGGUAUUUAGGAGUCGAUAUUUUAGGAAUGCAUGUGAGAUCGGCUCUCACUGCUAUGGUUUACCGAAAGGGUUUAAGACUCUCGAGUUUAGCUAGGCAAAGCCACACCAGUGGUGAAAUUGUAAAUUACAUGGCGGUUGAUGUACAAAGGGUUGGUGAUUAUGCGUGGUAUCUCCAUGACAUAUGGAUGUUACCAAUGCAAAUAGUUCUUGCUUUAGCGAUUCUUUAUAAAAGUGUCGGGAUUGCGUGCAUUGCAACUUUAUUGGCCACUAUUUUGUCUAUAGUCAUAACGAUUCCUUUAGCAAGAGUCCAGGAGCUAUAUCAAGAUAAAUUGAUGGCUGCUAAAGAUGACCGAAUGAGAAAAACUUCCGAGUGUCUUAGAAAUAUGAGGAUAUUAAAAUCACAAGCGUGGGAAGAUCGGUAUAAAGUGAGAUUGGAAGAAAUGAGAAGUGUUGAAUUUAAGUGGCUCAAAAAGGCGUUAUAUUCACAGGCAUUUAUCACGUUCUUCUUUUGGAGCUCACCAAUUUUUGUAGCGGCAGUUACAUUCGGGACUUCAAUCUUGAUCGGUAAUCAACUCACUGCGGGAGGGGUACUUUCGGCAUUAGCCACUUUCAGAAUUCUUCAAGAACCCUUGAGGAAUUUUCCUGAUUUGGUUUCAAUGAUGGCUCAGACAAAGGUUUCACUUGAUAGAAUCACAGGUUUUCUACUGGAGGAAGAGUUACAGGAAGAUGCAACGAUUGUAUUGCCACAUGGCAUGUCAGACGUUGCAAUCGAAGUCAAAGAUGGAGAGUUCCAAUGGGACCCGUCUUCUCCAAGGCCGACAUUGUCUAAUAUCCAAAUGAAAGUCGAGAAAGGGAUGCGUGUAGCAGUUUGUGGCAGUGUCGGGUCUGGUAAAUCGAGCUUUCUUUCUUGUAUACUUGGUGAAAUCCCGAAAAUCUCUGGUGAAGUUCGAAUCUGUGGGUCUGCAGCUUAUGUAUCCCAGUCUGCAUGGAUACAAUCAGGAAAUAUUGAAGAAAAUGUUUUAUUUGGUAAUCCAAUGGACAAGGCAAAAUACAAGAGAAUACUUAAUGCAUGUUCUUUAAAAAAAGAUUUAGAGCUUUUUUCACAUGGUGAUCAAACCAUUAUUGGUGAUCGUGGUAUAAAUUUGAGUGGUGGCCAGAAACAAAGGGUGCAACUAGCAAGGGCGCUUUAUCAAGAUGCUGAUAUUUAUCUACUUGAUGAUCCAUUCAGCGCUGUGGAUGCACACACUGGAUCUGAGCUCUUUAAGGAGUACAUAAUGACGGCAUUAGCUACUAAAACGGUAGUUUUUGUAACUCACCAAAUCGAAUUUUUGCCUGCUGCUGACUUAAUUCUGGUUCUUAAAGAAGGUCAAAUCAUUCAAGCUGGUAAAUACGAAGAACUUCUGCAAGCAGGAACUGACUUAAACGCGUUAGUUUCAGCUCACCAAGAAGCAAUUGAUGCUAUGGAUAUCUAUAAUCACUCAGAUGAUGAGUCAGAUGAUAACAAUAGUUUAAUUAGGAAUUGUGAGUCAAUUGGAAGCAGUAUGGAUUCAACCACAAAAGUUCCAAACGAAAAAGCAUCCAUUUCAGACCGUAAAGCCAUAAAAGAGAAAAAGAAAGCAAAACGCUCACGAAAAAAGCAACUGGUUCAAGAAGAGGAAAGGGAGCGUGGAAAAAUUAGCAUGAAAAUUUAUCUCUCGUACAUGGCUGCAGCAUAUAAGGGUUUACUGAUUCCACUUAUUAUUAUUGCGCAAACUCUAUUUCAAGGGCUUCAAAUUGCUAGUAAUUGGUGGAUGGCUUGGGCUAAUCCUCAAACUGAGGGGGACACAGCUCGAGUUAAUAACUUAGUACUUAUUGCAGUUUAUAUGGGACUUGCUUUUGGAAGCUCGUGGUUUAUAUUCGUUAGGGCAGUUUUAGUUGCUACCUUUGGUCUAGCGGCUGCACAGAAACUCUUUGUUAAAAUGCUUAAUAAUGUUUUCAGGGCACCUAUGUCAUUCUUUGACUCUACUCCCGCUGGACGGAUACUGAAUCGGGUAUCAGUUGAUCAAAGUGUUGUUGAUCUUGAUAUUCCCUUUAGACUCGGUGGAUUUGCUUCCACUACAAUCCAGCUUCUUGGCAUAGUCGGGGUGAUGACACAGGUUACGUGGCAAGUGUUGCUUCUUAUUGUCCCAAUGGCGAUUGCAUGCUUGUGGAUGCAGAAAUACUACAUGGCUUCAUCAAGGGAAUUGGUGCGUAUCGUUAGCAUCCAGAAAUCUCCAAUCAUCAAUCUUUUUGGAGAAUCGAUUGCCGGGGCAGCCACUAUUCGAGGUUUUGGGCAAGAGAAAAGAUUUAUGAAAAGGAAUCUUUAUCUUCUUGAUUGUUUUGCCCGCCCAUUCUUCUGUAGCAUUGCAGCUAUUGAGUGGCUCUGCUUACGCAUGGAAUUAAUAUCAACCUUUGUAUUUGCUUUCUGUUUGGUUUUGUUAGUGAGCUUUCCACGUAAAGCUAUAGAUCCUAGUAUGGCGGGUUUGGCUGUAACUUAUGGGUUACAACUGAAUGCACGUUUAUCACGGUGGAUACUUAGCUUUUGCAAGCUUGAAAAUAAGAUAAUUUCCAUAGAAAGGAUUCAUCAAUAUUGUCACAUCCCAAGUGAAGCUCCACCUAUCAUUGAAGAAAGUCGUCCCCCACCCUCAUGGCCAGAGGAAGGAAAAAUUGAAAUUAUAGAUUUGAAGGUUCGUUAUAAGGAAAGUUUGCCUGUGGUCCUUCGCGGUGUGACUUGUGAAUUUCCGGGAGGGAAGAAGAUUGGGAUUGUUGGACGUACAGGAAGCGGUAAAUCCACUUUGAUUCAAGCGUUAUUUCGACUCAUUGAACCUGAAGGUGGCCAAAUCAUUAUAGAUAAUAUUGACAUUUCAUCAAUCGGCCUACAUGAUCUACGUUCCCGACUUAGUAUCAUACCUCAAGAUCCUACAUUGUUUGAAGGGACUAUUCGGGGAAACCUUGAUCCCCUUGAGGAACAUACAGAUCAAGAGGUUUGGGAGGCACUUGACAAAUCUCAACUAGGAGAUACAGUACGCGAGAAGGAGCAAAAACUUGAUGCACCAGUUUUAGAAAAUGGAGACAAUUGGAGUGUGGGUCAACGACAACUUGUUUCACUUGGCAGGGCUUUGCUGAAACAGGCUCGAAUCUUGGUGCUGGAUGAAGCAACUGCUUCAGUUGAUUCAGCCACUGAUAAUUUAAUCCAGAAGAUCAUUCGUCAAGAAUUUAAAGACUGUACUGUGUGCACCAUUGCUCACCGCAUCCCUACUGUCAUCGACAGUGAUCUAGUCCUUGUUCUUAGUGAUGGGAAAGUUGCAGAAUUUGAUUCUCCAACUCGACUAUUAGAAGAUAAGUCAUCUAUGUUCUAUAAAUUGGUCACAGAAUACUCGUCUAGAUCAAGUAGCAUCCCAGAUUUUUGAUACAACCUGUAUGCCAAUUUGCCCAAAUACUCCCUUUCACCAAGAACCAAAGAAGUGGGACCCGUGUGCCUGCAAGAAUCAAAUCAAAUCCAAGCCCGCCUCUGUUUCUCAAGCUUUAUGUUUACCAAAGUCAAUUUGGGGCCAAGAGGUACAUACACAUACGUGCCACGAAAGGUACAUGCUAAAGAGCAAGGUUGAUAUGAUCUUGUAAUGUGCAUGUUGUUGACAUACAUUGUAACAUAAAUAAUCUGGAAUGAGAUAGAAAGUAACCAUUUAUUGGUAAUAAUUAGUGAAAAGAAGCAAUGGGUAACAAUCUUUUUUUGAUCA